AUGGCUGCUCGAACUGUUAUUCCCAUCAACAAGAACUGGCAGUUCAAGCGGGCCAACAAGGGCGACUCUUCAUACCUGGCCGUAUCUCAAUUCCCAACACACAUUCAUUUGGACCUGCUUCAUCAUGGCCUCAUUCCAGACCCUUAUAUGGGCCAGAACGAAAAGGAGGUCCAAUGGAUUGGUGAGACUGUCUGGGUUUACAGGACGGCAUUUCCUUCCCCAGAGGUCAAAGACAAGGCAAAAGCGGUGCUUGCGUUUGACGGGCUGGAUACAUUUGCCACCGUCGUUUUGAACGGAAAGACCAUACUUGAGACGGACAACAUGUUUGUUUCGGAGAGAGCUGAUGUAACUGAUUUGUUGAAAAAGAGUGGUGACAAUGAGCUUGUCAUUACGUUUGAUGCUGCCUAUCUUCGUGGUUGGAAGGAGGUUGAGAAAUACCCAGAUCACAAGUGGGGUUGUUGGAAUGGCGACAUUUCUCGUCUUGCAGUGAGGAAAUCGCAAUACCACUGGGGAUGGGAUUGGGGUCCCGAGCUGUUGACCUGUGGUCCUUGGAGGCCGGUGAAUUUGGAAGUAUAUGAAUCCCGGAUUACCGAUAUGCAUUCCGAAAUUGAUGUUGAAGACUCCCUCAAAAGCGCCAAAGUGGUAGCCCAUGCAGCGGUGGAGGGUAGUGCGUCACAUGUGCGGUUCAACAUUUCUCUCAACAAUAAGAUUGUUUCGUCUGAGACGGUGAACGUUAAGCAUGGUGAGGCUGUGGCAACCUUCAAGGUUCAAAAUCCAGAGCUUUGGUACCCGAUUCGAUACGGCAAGCAGCCACUCUACACCAUCAAGGCGACAUUACUGGAAGGGAGUACCGAAGCAGACACCGCGACAAAGAAGAUUGGCCUGCGCAAAGUCGAGUUGAUUCAACGGCCCCUUAAGGAUCAGCCCGGAACGACUUUCUUCUUCCAAGUAAAUAAUAUUCCUAUUUUCUGUGGAGGUAGCAAUUGGAUUCCUGCGGACAAUUUCAUCCCUCGCAUAUCAAAAGAGCGGUAUUACGACUGGGUCAAGAUGGUGGCCAAUGGCAAUCAAUUCAUGUUACGAGUCUGGGGCGGAGGUAUCUACGAGGAAGAGCCUCUUUACGACGCCUGCGACGAGCUUGGCAUCUUGGUCUGGCAGGACUUCAUGUUUGGCUGCGGAAACUAUCCUGCUCACCCAAGCUACCUCGAAUCAGUCGAGAGAGAGGCACGUGAAAACGUCAAGAAGCUACGACACCAUCCCUCUAUUGUCAUCUGGGCCGGCAACAAUGAGGAUUAUCAGUACGCCGAGAGCGAGAAGCUCAACUACGAUCCCAAGGACCAAACCGCCGACAACUGGUUGAAGACAGAUUUCCCUGCGCGAUACAUUUAUGAAAAGGUUCUGCCAGAUGUGUGCAAAGAGCUGAUUCCCGACACCUACUAUCACCCAGGAAGCCCCUGGGGAGGCAAUGACACUACCGACCCUACCGUCGGCGACAUCCAUCAAUGGAACGUCUGGCAUGGAUCGCAGGAAAAGUACCAAAACUUUGACAAGCUCGUUGGCCGAUUCGUAUCCGAGUUUGGAAUGGAGGCUUUCCCGUCUAUCAAGACGAUUGAGGCAUUCCUACCCAAGGGCAAGGAUGAUCCUGAACGCUUUGCUCAGUCGUCUACUGUCGACUUCCACAACAAGGCUGCUGGCCAUGAGCGUCGUCUCGCGUUGUACUUGGUAGAGAAUAUCCGGUACACUCCUGAUCCUUUGGAGUACUACAUCUACUGUACGCAGUUGAUGCAAGCCGAGUGCAUUGCAUCGGCGUAUAGGCUGUGGAAGCGAGAAUGGAGAGGCCCAGGACGUGAAUACUGCGCUGGCGCUCUGGUAUGGCAGAUCAACGACUGCUGGCCAGUGACAUCCUGGGCCAUUUGCGACUAUUAUCUCCGCCCCAAACACGCAUACUAUACCGUUAAACGAGAGAUGGCGCCCAUCUCGAUCGGUAUGACGCGACGAGAGCACUCCAAGCCCAAGGACAAGUACACCCGCGUACACAUUGACACUGAGAUCAAGAUUGAGAUUUGGGGCUCCAAUAUAAACCUCGAAGAUUUGACGGCCGAUUGCGUCGUCAAGGCAUGGGACGUAGAGACGGGGCGAGAAACAUACUCACAGACUGUCUCUGCAAAGCACUACUUGCCGGCUAAUGCGUCUACCGAGAUCAUAUCGAUGAAUGUUCCCGUGACCAAAAAGAAUACAGGUGAAGAGGGCCGCACAGUGGUGGCAGCAUAUCUGUAUCAGGAGGGAAAGCAAAUCGCCCGCUAUGUAAACUGGCCAGAGCCGCUCAAGUACCUGCACCUCCAGAAGCCAAACCACUUAAAGGCGGAGCUCAACACGGCAAGAAACGCAGUGGAACUCAGUGCCGAAGUGCCGGUUAAGGGUCUCGCAGUGGAAUGCGAUGACGAUAAUGUCAAGUUUGAGGACAACUUGAUUGACAUUGUGCCGGGCGAGAUUGUCUGUAUUGGUGUCAAGGGUGUGACGAAGGACACCAAGUUUACAACGCAAUAUUUGAACAUGUUGAGUUGA